AUGUCUGCGAACGACGAAAACGUCCCGCCGCAGCAGUGUGAUGCUGGCUCCUCCAAGUUAGAGAUAAAUACCAUUAUCUUUGAUCCUGAUGGCGAUCUGAUGGUUCUUGUCGGGUCUCUAGACACGGAACAUGAUCUAGGACAAGAAGCUGAACAGGAAUGGGCGCCGCGAGUGCCACUUGGUCCUCGACAGAUUCACUCAGCUGUACAUUGUCUACAGCGUCGAUUUCAAGUCUGUCGAAGUAAUUUGGCCCAGGCAAGCAAAGUCUGGAGACAUAUGCUCCGAGGUCCUUUCGCCGAAACCAACUCUACUGAGAUUCCGUUCCCUGAUGACGAUCCUGUGGCGAUGACACUUAUUCUCGGAAUCGUUCACUUACGAUUCGAUAUAAUCAGUCAGGAUACGACAUUUGAUAACCUUCUUGAUCUUACCAUCCUGAUUGAUAAAUAUGAACUACAAGCAGUCGUGGCACCUUUCUGGCAAAAUUGGGUUAGAUCAUGCUACGAUACUCUGCUUCACCAGGGAAAGGAAGAGUGGCUUUUUAUUGCGUGGGUGUUUGGCAUGACUGAAGAUUUCAAGACAUUGGCUUUCCAAAUUGCCCGUCGGACCCGGCUUUCGAAACCAAAAGACCAGUACACCAUUGAUUUCAAGACCCUGGAGGACUCAGUCAUGCCUUACGGGGCUUUGGAUCGGCUGAAGAAAUGGAGAGAAGCUAUGCUUGCAGCGAUCCUCAAGUAUUGUAAUGAACGCAUACUCAAUCCGUGCGGUCCGCCUCCGCCUCCUCCAGCAGAGACACCCGGUGUCCUACACGAAGAUCCAAUAAGCGCAUGUGGCGAGUCCACAUGCGAAGCCAUGAUGCUCGGCUCACUCCUUCAAGGACUCAAAAAGAAAAAAUUGUGGCCACUGCCAGAUCCCAAGAUUAUGCAACAUAGUGUUGACGAGCUUCUACGCAUCAUUAAAACUAUCAGGAUCAAAGCCAAGGACCAUCAUAGAGACUGCCCAGGAGCAUUCUGGAAACCACCUCACCUGCUACCUUUCAACGCGGACUUUGGAAAUAUGGCGUGGCAACCUCUCACGCCGCGCUAUUCCAGUAGCCAAGAAGAGGUCUUGAAGGAGCAUGCUAUGAAGUUGGGCUUCUAUCAACAUCCGGAGUCGUUUGAUAAAACGACUGCACCUAAUCUUGCGCAAAAUGAGGCUGACUUACUUUAA